AUGGUUGCCCCGGCUAUCAGGGUAGCUCCCUCGGCUGCCAAUAGAGCCCUUGGGCUUCUUCGCACAGUGCAAUUCACGCACCCUCCAAAUUGCCCCUGCCACGGCAAUCCAGACCAUCAUCACCAUGGCCAGCGCCACCAGAUCAACCUGGCCAACAAUGUGCGCCGGCAUAUGGCCACGCCCACCGACCCUUCUCGCCAGAAGGAGUAUGCCUUUGAGAUGGCUGCUUCCAGUAUCCGGUUUGGGCCCGGGGCCACCAAGGAGGUCGGCAUGGACUUUAAGAACCUAGGCGCGAAGAAGGUCUGCGUCGUGACAGACUCGACUGUAUCCAAAUUGGAUGCCAUGAAGCAGGUUGUUGAGGGCUUGUCGCGAGAGGGUGUCGAGUUUACCAUCUUUGACAAGGUCCGCGUUGAGCCAAAGGAUAGCUCGAUCAAGGAAGCAAUUGCUUUCGCCAAGCCAUACCAGCCUGAUGCUUUCCUUGCUGUCGGCGGUGGCUCGGUCAUUGAUACCGCCAAGCUGAUGAACCUAUACACUGUCUUUGCCGACGCGGAUUUCCUCGACUUCGUCAACGCGCCUCUCGGCAAGGGACUGCCCAUCACCAAGCCCCUGAAGCCGUUGAUCGCCGUGCCCACGACGGCCGGAACUGGGUCUGAGACGACAGGCACCGCCAUCUUCGACCUGGUAUCCCAAAAGGCCAAGACGGGCGUUGCACACCGCGCUCUCAAGCCCACACUCGGAAUCUGUGAUCCGCUCAACACGCGCACCAUGCCCAGCGCCGUGCACUCAUCGUCCGGCCUGGACGUGCUCUGCCACUCGCUCGAGUCGUGGACUGCAAUCCCUUACUACGAGCGCACCCCGCGGCCUACCAACCCUAUCAACCGCCCAGCCUACCAGGGUGCCAACCCCAUCUCCGACAUCUUUUCCCUCAACGCCCUCCGCAGCACGGUCAAAUACCUGCCGCGCGCCGUCCGCGAUCCCGACGACUUUGAAGCCCAGUCGCAGAUGCUCCUAGCCGCCACUUUGGCCGGCGUCGGCUUCGGCAACGCCGGCGUGCAUCUCUGCCAUGGCAUGAGCUAUCCUGUCUCCGGUCAGAACCCCGGAUACAAACACGCCGGCUACGAGGUCGACCACCCAAUCAUCCCUCACGGUGUCUCCGUGGCCGUCACUGCGCCGGCGGUCUUCCGUUUCACGGCGGCAUCUAACCCGGACCGUCACUUGCAAGCCGCCGAGGCCUUUGGCGUGGAUAUCUCCAACGUCAAGCGCGAGAGUGCCGGUGAGGUGCUCGGCGAGGCGAUCAGCGAGUUCCUGAUCAAGCUGGGUGACCAGCCGCGCGGCCUUAAGCAUUUGGGCUUCAAGUCCUCGGAUAUCGAGGGACUGGUUGAGGGCACAAUCCCACAAAAGCGUGUGCUCAUGCUGGCGCCGACUUUGAGUGAGGAGUUGAAUGCGGAGAAGGACGAAUUGAGGAAGUUGUUUGAGAAUUCGUUGGAGUACUAA